GAGGCCAUGAUGGAGGAGCACCAGCCCCUCACAUCACCAGUUAUUUUUAGUAAGAGAAGAACCCCAGAGAGUCAUCCCAGUCCUCGCCUUCCUCAGGAUCAUCAGGUACUGAAACGGCAUAAAGAUGAGAACAAUAUCAGUGCCGCAGAGUCAAAUAUGAGGCCUGAGGACCAGUGCAAGGAGGACAUCCCUACAGGUAACCACCCAGAUGAGUGUUCCAGGAGCACGGAGAGACACCUGAUGCCUUCAGACAUAAAAGCAGAUGAUUGUGGUGUCACACAAGAUACAUGUGAAGAACGUGUUAUUAUCCCAGAUAGACCCUCAGUCCUUCACAGUCAUAACAUAUCAUCUGAUCCUAUUAAAUGGGUCCUACUGUCCGAUUCGUCACAGAAUGAGAAGCAGAGACGUGCUGGACAUCAAAUAAGUCACCUGGUGGAGAAGCUGUAUUUAUGUUCAGAAUGUGACAAAUGUUUUACUUCAAAGUCACAUCUUGUUAUACAUCAGAGAAUUCACACAGGAGGGAAAAGAUUUUUAUGUUCAGAAUGUGGGAAAUGUGUUAAUCUGAACUCCACUCUUGCUGAAGAUGAGAGAAUUGUCAUAAGAGUGAAACGAUUUCCAUGUUCAGUAUGUGGCAAAUGUUUUACGUCAAAAUCACAGCUUGUUAAACAUGAGAGAACUCACACAGGAGAGAAGCCAUUCUCAUGUUCAGAAUGUAAAAAAUGUUUUUCUCUGAAAUCACAUCUUGUUAUACAUCAGAGACUUCACACAGGAGAGAGACCAUAUUCAUGUCCAGAAUGUGGGAAAGGCUUCACUCUUAAAUUAUCUCUUGUUGAACAUCAGAGAAUUCACAUGGGAGAGAGGCCAUUUUCAUGUUCAGAAUGUGGCAAAUGUUUUACUCGGAAAUCAGAUCGUGCUAAACAUCAGAGAAUUCACACAGGAGAGAAGCCGUAUUCCUGUUCAGAAUGUGGGAAAUGUUUUACUCGGAAAUCAGAUCUUGUAAACCAUCAGAGAAUUCACACAGGGGAGAGGCCAUUUUUAUGUUCAGAAUGUGGGAAUUGUUUUACUGUGAAAUCAGCUCUUCUUAAACAUCAGAGACUUCACACGGGAGAAAAGCCAUUUUCAUGUUCAGAAUGUGGGAAAUAUUUUGCUCUCAAAUCAAGUCUUUUUAAACAUCUGAGAGUUCACACAGGGGAGAAGCCGUAUUCAUGUUCAGAAUGUGACAAAUGUUGUACCUCAAAAUCAGAUCUUGUUAAACAUCAGAGAAUUCACACACAGAGAAGCCAUUUUCAGUGACCAUACCUCCUGGUGCGAGUUCAGUUUCCACAUAAGGCUACUUUCACACUGGCGUUUCUGGGUCUGCUUGUGAGAUCCGUUUCAGGGCUCUCACAAGCGGCCCAAAACGGAUCAGUUCAGCCCCAAUGCAUUUUGAAUGGAUAAGGAU